AUGUGGUUUCAGACAUAUUCUUUUUUUUUUUUUGUUUUCAGUGUACCAACAAAAAUUCUCGCGCAUUUGCUCUCGGCCAGAGGAAUAUGCGAAAAACCGUUUGAAAUCAAAAUUGAUAAUAUACGAUUUGCAGGAUUCCCAAAAACUGUAUCAAAUCCGACAGCUCGCUCGCCACAAACUUUCCACGUUGUGUUCGUUUUGCUUGCAAACGCAGCAGCACAUCUUGUUGCUUCAUUCCUGGAACUUAGUCGCAAGAUAGCAAUAGCGAUUGAUGAGGAACAGACACGUUGUGAUUAUUUGGGUGAUCAAAUGAUAGCAAUAGCGAUUGAUGAGGAACAAACACGUUGUGAUUAUUUGGGUGAUCAAAUGGUAACAAUGCUGAAUGAUUACGAUAAGAGCGAUUCACUUUCGGAAGGUAAUUUCUUUUUUUCUAGACAAAUUUUUCCCUUUCAAUAUAAUCUUAUUUGCCUUGCCUGAUG